AUGCAACUUCCCCCCGUUCCAGUCUUCGUCGCCUUCCGCCGCGAGCUUUUCAGGCCAAGGGGAGGGUUUCCGCGCGCCCGUUUCGCUUGUGCGGUGCCAGAACGUGGAGACAGCGCCAGCAUGGACCCCAACAAGAGCAAGGGCAAAGGCAAAGGUGGCCGACCUGGCUACAUGGAGGAGCACGUGAGCGCGCAGUUCUCUUCCCUGCCAGCCUCCGAAUGCAUCGGCGCCGGGCGCCUCGAGGGCUGGUUCUCGACGCCGGCGUGGAUGGUGGAGGGCAGAGGCUGGGGCCACAUCCAGUCAUAUUGCUUCGAGGGCGACCUGUUCUUCCACAUGUCGCGGAGCCCCCUGCUCAGAAAUAUCAACUACCAGAAAAAGGACCCCGUCACCUUCGAGGUGCUAGAGUUCAACGGGCAGUGCGAGGCGGUGAAACUGCUAUUGCCCAGACAGGUGAUGGAGAUGGAAUCUGGCGAGACGGAAGAUCAGUUUGACUCUGCGAAACCAGAACCACGUGAUUUAGUUGGUCAGCGUAUAGAGGGCAUCGUGAGGUCGCAGUGGCAGCUCGUGAAGAAGCAGAGCUGGGGCUUCUGCGCCUCUGAGCAUUUUAAAGGACAGGUGUUCUUCCACAUCACCGAGAGCCCAGAUAUGGCGGAAGUCGAAUUCGAGCGGGAGGACCUCGUGGAAUUCGAGAUCUACCUCGGUGGCAAAUCGGGCAACGACGUGCGGGCCAGAAAUAUGGUUUAUAUUGGUUCCGGCAAACGGGUUCAGAUCGGGCCUAAAAAGUUAUCUGAGAAGAAGUUGGCCCAGAAGGAAGCUUGGAAGAGGAAUUGGAGAAAAGGGCACCCGCCAGACUGGGAGUGCAAGAACUGCAUGUUCACCAACUUUGGCCGGAAUAAGAUAUGCAGGAGCAUGGUGCCGUUGCUGCUACAGUCGUACCGAGGUGUAAGAUCGAGGUCGGUUCGGGGAGGGUACCCUAGUGUUCUUCCUGUUGGUUGGAUGUCCUUGUGCAUCCUGGGGGAGGAUACCUUUGGAUGUUCUGUAUGUUUUGGCUGGCGGAGGGUCUCAUGUUCUUGA